UUUCGCGGUGUACCUCACAUUGUGCACUCGCUCUUGGGCGGGUAGCGCUUUGUUUAUGUUUUUAAGAUAAUAUCCGAUUUCGACGUUUAUUCAAUCAUCUGUUCAAAUUUGACAUGUCGGACACAUGGAGCAACAUUCAGGCGCACAAGAAGCAGCUGGACUCGCUGCGCGAAAGACUCCAGCGGCGGCGGAAGGAUCCAACUGUGCUGGCAGCGGAUGUUGGAGGAGCAGAUGCCAUUACUGCCAGGAGCGACAGUCCAACUCCGUCAGCACCAAGCCCCGCUCAGGACCAGACAGAACAAAUUCCCGACCCAGAGUUAGAGAAGAGGCUUUUGGGAUAUCUGUCCGAUCUGAGUCUGUCACUGCCAACUGACUCUCUAGCCAUCACAAAUGAUCUAAAAACCUCUGAGGCCGCUGUUGGUCAUGGCUGCAUCAGGAGUCUUCUGAUGAAGUUCUCAGCUCAGGAACUCAUAGAGAUACGACAGCCUGCUUCUUUGUCUUCAUCUACUGCAACAACUACACCCGCCGCCUCAACAGUUGUUGUUGCAGUGGACCACACCAAGCUUUGGGCCAUGAUUGGAUCAGCGUCUGGAGCCCAGCGGACAGGCAUCAAGAGAAAAGCGGAGGACCAAAUUCAUAGUAAAAGGACAGCAGGUUUCUCGCCUUCCUUACAGAGCUCUGCUUCUCCACCGCACUCCUCUUCUAUAUCUGCCCCGCCACCCUCAUCCUUGCAACUGGCUGUACCAUCAGCAUCAGGGAGCAGCGCCGAUAAGAAAGGCCGGAGCAGCAAAAGUCAGUGUUCACACUUGGACUUAGAGAUUGAGAGCCUCCUUAGCCAACAGUCCACCAAAGAGCAGCAGAGUAAGAAGGUCAGCAGAGAAAUCCUGGAGUUGCUCAACACCAGCACUGCAAAGGAGCAAUCUAUUGUGGAAAAGUUCCGGUCUCGUGGCCGAGCACAGGUCCAAGAGUUUUGUGACCAUGGGACAAAAGAAGAGUGUGUACGUUCAGGGGAUACACCUCAGCCGUGCACCAAGCUGCACUUUCGCCGCAUCAUCAACAAGCACACAGACGAAAGCCUGGGCGACUGCUCCUUCCUCAACACGUGCUUUCAUAUGGACACUUGUAAGUACGUCCAUUACGAAAUCGACAGCGUCCCAGAGGCCGAGGGGAGCCUGCUGGGGCCUCAGGCGGGGGCCACAGAGCUCGGUCUGCACUCCGGAGACGCUGACAGCAACGUGGGCAAAUUGUUCCCAUCGCAGUGGAUCUGCUGUGACAUCCGCUACCUGGACGUCUCCAUCCUGGGCAAGUUUGCUGUGGUGAUGGCUGAUCCUCCAUGGGAUAUCCACAUGGAGCUGCCUUACGGAACCCUGACUGACGACGAGAUGAGGAAACUGCACAUCCCCAUGCUGCAGGACGAUGGCUUCGUCUUCCUUUGGGUCACUGGCAGAGCCAUGGAGCUGGGUCGGGAGUGUCUCAGUCUUUGGGGCUACGAGCAUGUGGAUGAAAUCAUCUGGGUGAAGACCAACCAGCUUCAGAGAAUCAUCCGCACCGGCAGGACGGGCCACUGGCUCAACCAUGGGAAGGAGCACUGCCUGGUGGGCAUGAAAGGGAACCCUCAGGGAUUUAACCGGGGUUUGGACUGUGAUGUCAUUGUGGCUGAGGUGCGCUCCACCAGUCACAAGCCAGAUGAAAUCUACGGGAUGAUAGAGAGGCUCUCACCUGGGACACGCAAGAUAGAGCUGUUUGGUCGGCCACACAACGUGCAGCCCAACUGGGUCACUUUGGGAAAUCAGUUGGAUGGAAUUCACCUCCUGGACCCUGACGUCGUCGCCCGCUUUAAGAAGCGCUACCCUGAUGGUGUCAUCUCCAAACCCAAGAGCAUGCAGUGAUCCACCGUCAUCUUUUAGUUUUUUAACGCCAACAUUUUGAAAUAAACGCUUUAAUCGGCGUA